UCAUUUCCGGGUCAUAGACUGGAAAGACGCGGCUUUUUUCAACUUGCUGGCUUGCAGAGCAGCUGUUAGUCGUUAGCUGUUAAACACUUUAUUUUGGACGUUGAAACGCAAGCUAAAGAUCGCAGUAUGGACUGUAUGGAUUUUCCUAAAGUUUUCCCCAAUUCACCGAGAAAAACACAAGGACAGAUCCAGGUCAUCUUUGGACCUAUGUUUUCAGGCAAAAGCACUGAAUUAAUGCGAAGGGUGCGCCGUUUCCAAAUAGCGCAAUACUGCUGCUUGGUGGUGAAGUAUGCCAAAGAUACACGGUAUUCGGACACAGGCAUGGCCACACACGACAAAAACACAAUGGAGGCUGUAUCUGCUAAUUGCCUCAGAGAUGUGCACUCAUUGGCAUUACAAGCUUGUGUCAUUGGAAUCGAUGAAGGGCAGUUUUUCCCAGAUAUAGUGGAGUUCUGUGAGGAGAUGGCCAAUGCCGGCAAGACGGUCAUCAUUGCUGCCUUGGAUGGAACGUUCCAGAGAAAGCCGUUCGGAAACAUCCUGAACCUUGUCCCGCUGGCGGAAAGUGUGGUGAAGCUCCACGCCGUCUGCAUGCAAUGUUACAAAGAAGCUGCCUACACUAAGAGGAUCGGAGCAGAGCAGGAGGUGGAAGUGAUUGGCGGAGCGGACAAAUAUCAGGCGGUUUGUCGAAAGUGUUACGGAGGUCUGACGGCGGCCAAAGAGAACCAACCACCUCCUCUUCGACAUGAAACUCCCCAACAUGCACUUCGUGGAAAACCUGUGGACUCUACAAUUCCCAGGAAGCUUUUUUCAUCCCUCCACCUCUGAAGGUGGAGACCAGAAAUGGGAGGAUGAUGAAAUCUUUUUUUUUUUAAAUCUUGAGUUAUUUUAAAUUAAAUAUAACUAAUAUUUCAUUUUUCAUCACUUCUUUAGUAGGUAUGUCACAGUACAUUUUUAUUCUUUAAAGCUCCUUUCUCACAGAUCCAGUCUAUUAUGUGUCUGCACUCGGCACCAGUAACUACCUUCAUUUGGGCUGAGGGUUGUCCCGUGUCUGGACGCACGGCCAGUUUGAUCCCCAGACUCUGACAUUUUUUUGGGUCUACCUCUUGACUUUGACCUUGAAUUUUUACCCCAAAUGGUUUCUGUCUCUCAUGUCUUCUACUAGUCAUGUCUACUACUUUUUUACUGGUCUUAGGAUUUUGAUCAGGCGUGUAUUUGAAAGGUUUUAUAUUUUUGUUAUGUUGAUUGUGAGCUGCGGCGAGUGAUGACGUAGUGUACAUAUUUGGAGUUGUAGGGACCCUUAAUCACUGAGCCGUUACGCUCGUUACAUUUGGCUGAGCACCAAGUUUCUCAGCACCGCUGCUGCUAUUUAUGAGGUGAAAUUAGUUACUGAUGCUAGAAGUUAUUAGAAGAAAUAUAAGCCAGGCAUAUUGGUGACUAUGUAUUCCAAGAUAAGGGGCCUUACUUAUGAACCGUCAUGGUGGCUCGACGUGUGUGCUAAACUGGUUCAAACCAGAGUUGUGGCCAUUUCUUAAAUGUUGCUGGCCCUCAAGUCCUCACUGAAGGUACCAAAUGCAUCACUGGCCACUGGAUUGUUGGCAUCCUUUUUACCACAAGAAGCCCAAAGCGGGACAGCCAUUGUCUACAAGAAUGAUCCCGUGAAGAAUAUUGUGAAACUACAAGACUGUUUUCAGGACACAUUUCUGUUGUUAAUGAGUGACUGUUCAAUGGCUUCGGCAUUAUCAGCUUCCCCACCCACCGCCUAUCUAAAAGUAAGCCGCAGCUGAUUGUGUGUCACGCAUGGACCUGCUUUUGUAGAAGGCAAAUGCAAAAGACUUUUAAUGUUAGAAAAGGUACCAAAAAACAGUCUCCAAGAUUGUUUAUGGUCAUGUGGCUGAUUAAUUAAUCCAUACAAUCGCUAUGUUUAACAAAAAAAA